CAGUCCCCCGAGCGCCUGACAGGGAGCAGGGCCGCCUCUCGGAGCCCGGCCCGGGACGCGGGGACAGCGGCAGCGGGGCCGGGUCCCCGCAAGGGCUGUAGCCGGCGGCGGGUCCCCGGGCGGGGGGCGGUGCUGCUGCCUCUUCUCCCGUGAACGAUGCGGCACCAGCCGCUGGGCUGGGUCGGAGCUCGGCCGGCGGCGGCCCCUUGCUGUGUCCGGGCCGAGGCCGCUGGGCUUUGGGCCCCUCGCGGCGGCCGGGCGAGCGCAGGAUGCUGAGAGCGGCUCCGCGCCCUGGUGCUGCUGCCGCGGGGAAAGGGCCCCCGCGGGGCUGAACGCGGACUCUCCCCUUCCUCUCCCGGGCUCUCGGCGCCUCCCCCGGGCCCUACCCGCCCCCGCCGAGUCACCGCCUCCCACAGGAGUAACAGCGGCGGUGGGUCUGCUCCUCCCCUCCGGCCGCGCCGAGCGGCGGAAGAUGGCGUGGGUGCUGAAGAUGGAUGAAGUGAUCGAGUCCGGGCUGGCGCACGACUUCGAUGCCAGCCUCUCCGGCAUUGGGCAGGAGCUGGGAGCCAGCGCCUACAGCAUGAGUGAUGUUUUGGCACUGCCAAUUUUCAAGCAGGAAGAUUCCAGCCUUCCACCAGACAGUGAGACCAAACAUCCACCGUUUCAAUAUGUUAUGUGUGCUGCAACAUCUCCAGCAGUCAAAUUGCAUGAUGAAACUCUUACUUACUUGAACCAAGGUCAGUCCUAUGAAAUACGGAUGCUAGAUAAUCGGAAGAUUGGAGACAUGCCGGAGACCAGUGGAAAGCUAGUGAAGAGUAUCAUAAGAGUUGUGUUCCAUGACAGAAGGUUGCAAUAUACAGAGCACCAGCAACUGGAAGGUUGGAAGUGGAAUCGCCCUGGGGACAGACUUCUUGACUUAGAUAUUCCAAUGUCUGUUGGAGUAAUUGAUCUAAAGACAAAUCCAAGCCAGCUCAAUGCAGUCGAAUUUCUGUGGGAUCCUGGAAAGCGUACAUCCGCCUUUAUUCAGGUACAUUGCAUCAGCACUGAAUUUACCCCACGUAAACAUGGAGGUGAAAAAGGAGUUCCUUUUAGGAUUCAGGUUGACACUUUUAAGCAGACUGAAAAUGGAGAAUACACAGAUCAUUUGCAUUCAGCCAGCUGCCAAAUUAAAGUUUUUAAGCCAAAAGGAGCAGACAGGAAACAGAAAACAGACAGAGAAAAGAUGGAGAAGCGAACUGCACAUGAAAAAGAAAAGUAUCAACCUUCGUAUGACACCACAAUCCUCACAGAGAUGAGGCUUGAGCCUAUAAUUGAAGAUGCAGUUGAACAUGAGCAGAAAAAGUCCAGCAAGCGGACUUUGCCAGCAGACUGCGGUGAUUCUCUGGCAAAGCGAGGCACUUGCUCACCAUGGCCUGAUACUCCUACAGCAUUUGUAAACAACAGCCCUACCCCAACACCAACUUUUACCUCUGCUCAACAUAGUACCUACAGUGUCCCAGACAGCAAUUCUUCCUCCCCAAAUCAUCAAGGAGAUGGAACUUCUCAAGGGUCUGGAGAUCAACUUCAUCCUUCAGCCACAAUCCAGGAAACUCAGCAGUGGUUACUCAAACAUAGGUUCUCUACCUAUACAAGGCUUUUUUCAAAUUUCUCAGGUGCUGAUUUAUUAAAGCUGACAAGAGAGGACCUGGUACAAAUUUGUGGUCCAGCCGAUGGUAUUCGGCUAUAUAAUGCACUGAAAUCCAGGUCCGUUAGGCCCCGUUUAACAAUCUAUGUCUGCCAGGAGCCACUGAGGAGCAUACAACUGGAAAGGCAGCAAGAUGCAGCCAAUGGUGAUAACAGCAAUGGUGCAAUAUAUGUUUAUCAUGCAAUCUACUUAGAAGAAAUGGCAGCCUCAGAAGUCACUCGCAAGCUUGCUUUGGUGUUUAAUAUUCCUUUGCAUCAGAUUAAUCAGGUUUACAGACAGGGUCCUACUGGUAUCCACAUCCUCGUUAGUGAUCAGAUGGUUCAGAACUUUCAAGAUGAGAGUUGCUUCUUAGUCACUGCAAUAAAAGCUGAAAAUGGUGAAGGUUUCCAUAUAAUUCUGAAAUGAUGUCAUAUAUAUAUAGAGAGAGAGAGAGGAUAUAUACUGGACUGAUAUUCCAAUGCAGAAUGAAGUUAUGCUUAAUGACGAUGAAGAACAUCCAAAAACUCUUAGGAUUGGACUUCACCAUAUAAAAUGUUUCAUAUUGAAAACACAAGACCUUUCUAAUGAGCUGUUUGAUAGGUGAACUUUCUUAUCACUGCCAUAGCUAAGUGUCCUCAUAAGAGGUAUAAUGCCAUGACAGCCUAUGUACAGGCAUGGAAGACAAUAUAAGCAAAGGUGCUUGCCCUUUACCGAAAUAAGGCAAAUUAUGGCCAGUAGAUACAGUUUCUAGAAGCAGUAUUGCUUUCCUAUUAUACUGUGUCCAGUUUGGAGAUGAAUGUAAACUUAUUCUGGGGCAUUUACCUUUCUGUGCCAGUUUGUCUAUUACUUGCUUGUAUCUUGCUGAUUUUAUUUUUUGAUGUUAGCAGAGCACAUAGUAAUCUGUGUGGAGAUGAGUAGUUAAGAUGAUAGUGAUCAGGUUGUUGGGUCUUUGAGAGGGAAACUGUCAAAACAGCUUCCCUGUGUAAAUUGUGUAUGUAAGAAAUGUAAAUGCCAGAAUAGGAUUUUAAUAAGUCCUAGCCAGAUGCAAUAUAUGCAUGCAGCAAACUGCAUUAUUGACAGUACCUUGUUGAAAGGAUUAACAUAAAUCCUGUGGGGUACGAAGUAAUUGUUUUGCUUUUAACAAAUUUAAUGGAAACAUAAUUGCCUAUGCAUCCUUAAUUUUUAGUUUCCAGUUUCUCUAAGAAGCAUUGCUGCAGGGUGGUUGUUUUUUUUGUUUUUUUUUUUUUUGCUUUUUAAAAUGGUGGAUUUAAAAACAACAAACUGCCAGUAAUGAUGGGGGGGGGGGGAAAUGUGACCCACUGGCACCAAGGGGCAACAACACAGCUUUAAGUACUGUCAAUUACAUUGCUCAAGAAACACUAAAUAUACACCACUUAAUCUCUUUAGUAGCAGGUAUGUCUUGCUAUAAUCACUCUUUAUGGGCAGGUAUCUUGACCUUUUCUGUGAUUUCUUUAUUCUCAGAUUGAUACUGUAAAUUUUUUUCUUACAGUGCCUCUUCCAUAUGACCAAAUAAUUAUUUUUGAAAUAGGCAAUGUGCUUUUCAAAAUUGAGUUUUUCCUUGAAAUUGUCAAACGUAUGGCACUGCUAUUCAAACAUUUAAUAUUAAUGUCCACUUAUGAGUAUGUAUUAUUAUUUUGGUACUUUGGGGAAGAUUUUUCAAAGGCAGAAAAAUCCCCCUUUUACUCACAGUAUCCCCCCUCCCUUUAAAUCAAUUUGAAAGUUUUGAAUGCUGUAGUGCAAAAUCAUUUAUUGAGAACAAAAACUACUACAGCAUGCAAAAUGCUACUUUGAUAUUAUUUAAUUCCUUCUUUAGCUGGGUUAAGUGCUUACCAAGAAAGCCUUUUUAAAGCUGUAGUAAUUCUGCAAAUUUAAAUGUUUUUCUACACUGAUAAAAUGGAAUUUUGUGGACUUAAGUUCAAGUUUCUUCUGCCUAUAAAUUGUUCAUCUUUGGGUACUGGUAGUUUAUUCAACUGACAGUUGUCAUUUCACCUCAGCACCAUUUUCAAAUCCCAAAUGUUUUAUAAGAGUGGAAAAAUCCUUGAUUGGAAAGUAUCCAACUAAAUUUAAAGGAAGUGUAUAGUAGUUUGUCCAGCUCACUUGAAAUUGGAAUUAAAUUAUGGCACCAGCAAAUUGCUUUUAUUUUAAGAUGUACACAUUUCAAUUUAAGUAUAAUAAAUGUUUUUCAAUAA